AUGGAGGAAGAACAAAAAUUAGACUCACUUGAAAUGAUAAAGGAGCUCCAACAAGAACACCAAGCUAAUAAUGAAAACCCAGAAAUAGAAGAAAUGCAGAAAAAGCUGAAAAUUUCGAGGAAAAAGCAAGAAAAUGCGAAGUAUAAAAGUGCUUUGAGCCAAGAACUGAUGCAAGAACUCCGACAAAAGUUCCAGAAUUCUUUAAAUAAACUGAACAGCAUCGACACACGUGAUGUCGCUACAAAAGAAGUCCGCCUGCUAAUUGAAAGAAACAAUUCAAUGGAAGCGUUAAGGAUUUAUAUCGGUUGCUUAGGUGAGCAUAGAAAAGCAAAAAGCCCGCUAGCUAGGGAGCAAGAAGUGCUUUUAAUUGGAUAUAUAAGCCAAAUAUAUGAAGAAAAGCUAAUUGAAGACAAAAAUAGUCCUCUGAGGCUGCUUGUCAGGCUUGCAGAAAUAGUUCAAAUGUAUUUUAAAGAUUUAAAUAGAAAAGUUCAUGAGGCGGCUGCUGAUUCAAUGUGCAUGAUUUAUAAGUACUCUCUGCCAAAAAACUCCCAGCAAGUCGUUUUUACCUUUAUGUUUGAACCUUUAAACAGUAUUUUGUCAUCUGGAAUUGACGUUCAAGCUCAACAGGCCGCUGCUUUAACAAUUUUCAAAUGAUCAGAGCUGCUUACCCAGGAAAAAGACAAGGAAACUUUAAAUGUCCUGCUUCAAAGAGUCAUGACUCUUUUUCUCAAGCUAAGGGCUGAUUUUGCUGAUUUAGUAAGUGCAAUAGGACUUAUGGUUGAAACUGUUGGAUUUCAAGUGAUAAGUGAAAGUAUAAUUCCCUUGCUAACCAAGCUAAUCCAAUACUUAAAGUGUACAAAUAAUUAUGCGCAUCUUCUGAAAAUCGAAGCCUGCAGAUUAUUGUCGUUUUUUGCUGCGUAUUUUAGAGAAAACGGCGGGUUUGAGGCUGGACAGAUUGUAUAUGAGAUUAUUAAUGCACUUAAAGAAGUCAGGACUGAUAAAUUGCCCUUAGUACAGUCUGCAGCUAGAGAAGCUUUAAAAGGAUGAGAAAUGCUUACUUUCUUCUGCAUUCUAAGCACUAAAAUUAAUUUCAGAUUCAUUUUAGUUGGGCAAAAACGAUAUUAAGUGGUUUUUUUUGCCAAUUUAAAAAAUUGAAAUUUUUUUUUAAUUUAUAGAACUUAUGUUUAAGCUGCCCAAUUUAAUAGGAUUAGCUAAAUUUAUUAUAGUAAUCAUUGCCUAUAUAACAAGAGAAGGAUUUUCGAUGGUUUUAUCAAUGAAGGGAGUCAGCUCUUCCCCCAUUUCCAUUGAAGAUCCAAAAAUUUCUCGAGAAUUAAAAAAAUCUGAUAUAAAAGAAAGUAAAGACUCAAUUGAGCUGCCACAAAUAAAAUCAACAUCCCAGCCUCCAGUCAAAUCAAUUUUCCCUAACCAUUUCAAAGCAAUUCGCGACCUCGUAAAAAUCCAAAAAGAAAAAUCCCAAAAAUCAAAUCUUCCACAAGUAGAAAAAUCAGUCCAAAGAUGAGGAAUUUCAAAGCCUGGAUAUCUGAAAAGAGGUUCUGGGCAAUAUUCAUAUGCAGAGCAUGAAGGAGCAGUCAACAUUAAUCGAGCACUCGACAAAAGAACCAGUGUAAAAGAAUAUUUGCAACAAAAAAGGCUUAAUUCAGCUCCUCCCAGAGAAACUGUAGAAAUUUUAUAUAAAAAAGACUCUCAGCUUAAUGUAUAUAAAAGGCAAGAAGAAAAUAAAGAAAAAAAUUCUUUUAUUGAAGAAAAAGUCAGCGGGAAUGAACAAAUUUCUGCAGCUUCGUGGCAAAAAGAAGAAGAAAAUAAAUUCAUGGGUUUUGAGGUCGCUGAUACUGAAAAACCUACAGAAUCAGGAAAUCUUGGGAUUUACCCAAAAGACCAAUUAAAAGAUGGAGACUUUAUUGUGAGGAAAAAAGUUCCGCCAAAAGUGACAACUACUGCAGCUCCAGAAGAAGUAAACGAAGCUCCAAAAGAGGAGCAAGAAGUUUUUUUUCUACAUGAAAGGCAAGAAUCGCAGUUUUUAAACCCAAGCGACUAUCCGAAGCUUAAGGCUUUGAGAGAAGGUGGGUAUAAGCCUACUCCAAGCUCAUUAGUGUCAGACUCAGUUGAGCUUAAAGGGGAGAACAAGCCUAAAAACCCUCCAGAAAUCUCUUCACAAAAUCAAAUUGAGCAGCUUCAAGAAUUUGAACUAAUUUCAGCUAUUAGAAAUAACCCAGCGCUAAAAGAAGAGUUCUACCAGAAAGCGCUGUCUAUAAAAGCUGACGGACAUUUAAAUAAUUUAUUUAAAAUACCAGAGGAAAGCCUAAAAGACAGUGAAAAAGCCCAGGAAAAUUUAAAAGAUAUUCUUGCAAAAGUACCAAAUGCUGUUCAGAUUGCAAACCCGAUUGAAAAAAUUGAUGAAAAAAUAGGAUCUCCUAGGCAUGUUGAGUCUGCAAUAGCAAAAAAGUCAAGGAGUAUAGAAGAUCCAAGAAAACAAUUUGAGAAAGAAGAGCAUCACUAUGGGCAUGAAGGGUUUCCUCCAGCUUCUAUUGAAAAUCCAAAUGAAAUAGCAGCUAUCAAAGCAGCUAAUAUCAAAAUAAAGGAAAUUGGAUCACCAAAAGCAAACAUAGCUGGACGACAAGAAUUUUACCAUGACGAUGAAUUAGUUCCAAAUAUACCAAAAAAUAAACCAGAUAUGCCAGAAAAUGAGGAUGAAUUCGCCAAUAAAGCUAUUUCUCAAAAAAAAUCAGCUGAAAACAUAGGAAAUCCUGAUAUAUCUAUUAAAAAAAUGCCUAAAAAAGCCCUUGAUAUCCAAAUUCAAAGCCAUUCUUUUAAUUUUAUUCCCCCCAAAAAAGACUCAAAAAUCCAGGAAUUUAAACAAAAUGAGCUAAACUCAAAGCUAAAAGAAGAAAUCGGCCAAAGUCUAACUGAAUUUAAAGCUCAAAUUAUAGAAGAAGUUAUACAGCAGAAGCCUAAAAUUGAGGAUCAAAUUGAAUUUAUUGAAGAAGAGCCAGAAUUGAGAAAAUCUUAUAUUCAUCCCCCUAUAAAAGCACAGAAAAACAGCAGCAUGAAACAAUUUAAUGAAGCAUUCAAAGAAAGCGUGUAUGAGCUUCAAGACCAAAUGGAACAAGCUUUCGAUUUGAUGGCUGGACAGCUAAAUUCAAUAGAAGAAAGAAUUUUUUCAGCUCAGGAAACUCUUUAUUUAUUGACUGCUUAUAAUGAAUUAUCUUUGAAAGAUACUGAAAAAUCAAGCUUAAAGUCCCCAAUGUGGACCCAAACCUUAGUCAGCACAGAAAUCCAAACUUCCUUUGUAAAACCAGACCUAGAAGAGCCUGAAAAGCCAAAAUUGUCACAUAAAGCUUCUCUUACUUCUAAUAAUCCUGAUAUAGACAAAUCCAUACAAGUGUCUCCAGCUGAGCUUGGCCAUAAACCCCCAAGCCCAAAAAGUGCAGAAAAUCCUAAUCCUCAGCCAGAUCCUACAGAUCUUUUAACCCUCACAUGGAGCAGCACAAUAAAAAAGCUAGACCCUUCUAACCUUGAUUCUGCCUACAAAUCGAUCCUAGAAACAGGUGACGACAUCUAUCUAUUACGUCUCAUGCACAAAACUGGUCCCUGCUUUCAUCAUUUCUCCCCUGCCACAUCUAGCGCAGUUUUAUCACGUCUUAGCUUAAUCUUAAACUCAAACUUCAUCGAAAGUCUCAGUCUGACCUGGCUUCUGGAAAGUAUUCAGUUAGGCUGCAUAACAGUUAUUUCUUCUGACGAAAAAACACAAGUAAUUGAUGCAUUAGAAAGGAUAAGCUACUCAAAUGACGAAGAAGGCCAACUGGCAAGUGAGCUUUCGAGCUAUAUUCAACGUCAUAUAUAA